ACAAGGUGUUCGUCGGAGUUGGCAAGUAGAAGCAGGUGGUUUUCUUCACCCACCAACCGCCGUCUCCGAACCUACAAAAGGAGGAGAUCACCAUCAUUUUUCUCGGAAAACUUCAUGUUCACAGCAUUAACCCACAAAUUGCCCUCCCCUCCCCCCUCCUCUUCACCGAGCCAAAUCCGCACACAUAUAUAUAUCCCACCUAAAACCCACCAACCAAAUCCUCCACGAACAAAAACAAAGGCGCACAACGAACCCGCAGCCAGCCAACCGCAGCAGUGGUACUAUGUUGUUUGCCAUGGGCAAAGGCAAGGUGAUCACCAGCAAGCAGGCCAUGACCAUGUUCUCUUCUCCGUGGUAGGAGUAUACUGGUAGACGACUACGAGACUACUAGAGUACUAGUGCUGCUACUGUGGGAAGCUUUUGGGUGGGGGCAGCGGUGGCUGUGGCUGGCGCCAAGAAAGCAGAAGAGGGCAGUGGCAUCGGCGAGCGACGACGCGACGCGAGGCGAGGCAGAGGAGGGCGGCAGGGGGAGGCAGGAAUCAUUCGGCUGCAAAGCUGCCGUCGCCACCUCGUCGCCACUGUCCCCGCUUUCCGGGGCCGCGCCCUAUCCUGCCACCUCUCCCUCUCUCGCCCGCGCAGUCCACGCACGCAGCGCUGUCGUUCGUUGCACCACCACCACCACCUCCACCACCACCGCGCGCACCGGCACCGCAUCGCAUCGCGCCCGCAACGCACCACUCCACCACCACCAACAACAACAGCAAGAUUACAAGAGGCUGCUCGUCCGCGGGCGCGGGCGCGGGAGCGCGUCGUCCUCGGUAGACAAGAAAGAAGAAGGCGGCUUUACUUGGAUUGGUGCUCGCUUUUUUUUUUCUCUCUCCUUUUUUCUUUUUCUUCUCCCUGAGAUGCUUCAGCUGCUCCUUAUAUCCACCCUCCCGGCCUUCACGCUGAUGCUCGUCGCGCCCGCCGCCACGCACAAGCACUGCAAGCUCGUGCGGGAGCUCGGCCUCGUCGCGCUCCUGCUCGUGCGCGAGCUGCUGCACCACUCCGCCUCCGCCGCGUGCGCGUGGGGCGGCGAAGGCGGCGGAAGCAGCAACAAGGAGAGGGAGCGGGAGCGGGGGGUGAGGAUAAUGCCGUCCAAGGCGAAGCCGGAGCCCGCAUUGGCGGCGAGGGAGGAGGGGGAGGAGGGGACGGAGGCGGAGCUGAACGCCGCCGCGCUCCCGCUGCUCGACCUGCCGGAGCUUGCGCUGGAGCGCGUCCUCGAGGAGCUGGAGCCGCCGUCGCUCGCGGCGAUGGCGUGCGUGUGCGUCGCGCUCAGGGACCGCUGCUCUGCGGACACCCUGUGGGGGCGCCACGUCAACCGGAAGUGGGGGCGCGUGCUCGGCGCCGCCGCGCGCAAGGAGUGGGAGGCGGAGCUGGCCGCACGGCGGAGCUCCGGCGCGCUGCCGCGGCCGGCCAGGCGGAGGAGCUUGGCGGACUCGCUGGCCUGCGCGUGGCCCUUCUCUUGGAUCACCUGUCGCUGGCUCAAGGGCAACGCCGUCGCCGCCGAGCCCGCCGCCGCCACGCCGUCGCCACUCCCCUCGCCGGCGACCGACACGGUGGCCGCCUGGUACCGCGCGGUGGAGUGCGGCGAGUUCUCGUUCCCCGCACAGGUGUACAACCGCGAGCAGGACGGGCAUGUCGGGUUCGUGCUGUCGUGCUACGACGCCCACCUCCGCUAUGACAGGCGUACUGACACAUUCACUGCAAGGUACCCGCCACACGGGCGGAAGCCGGCGAAGGAGGAGAGCGGCGUGCAGUGGAGCAGGGUCCGCUCGCCGCCGGUGAGCACGCCGGCGCACGACCUCCACGCCUCCGGCUGCCUCGGUGAUCUUCGCCCCGGUGACCACUUCGAGAUUCAGUGGAGGAAGAACAAGGAUUUCCCUUACGGCUGGUGGUAUGGUGUCGUGGGUCACCAGGAGACAUGCAACGCCAACGAGCAUCUGUGUCGCUGCCAUGAGGACGAUAUGGUUGUCCUGGAGUUCAAGCACUACGCGGCCGGCUCGCGGUGGAGGCAGACGACGGUGAGCAGGAAGGAUCACAGGGAGAAAGGCGACGAGACGGACGGGUUCUACGGCGGCAUCAGGAAGCUCCAGACGAGCGACGAGAUCUCGACUUGGCGAAAGUUCUGGCCGGUCGAUGUCCUCAACUGAUCAGGACAAUGUGAAUGAAAUACGCAUCUGAUCUGCCUGCCCGCUAUAUGUGCAUCCUGGUGGUGUUGCCGUUGUAUAGCCCGUACGUCGAGCGGCAGCGCUGCGUGACCCUGUCUGAAAGGCUCCGCUCACCAGCUGCUCUGUUCUUACUGAAUUUUUUUUGGUAGCGAGAUGAGGUGAAAAAUUGAUGGAGGAUUCGAGGAUUUGUUCAGCGCAAGAUCCGUCGGAACGGAAGGAACAACUAUAGGCUAUUGAUGAUGAUGUACAGAUUUACUCAGCUUGUCCCGUGCUGUUGCUGGACUGAAUCCUUCAGUCCAUAUGUCGUGUAAGAUCAUGUUUCCUUCUGAAUGUUAUCCUGUUCAAUCUUAGCCGGUGUUUGUACCGUGUUAGUCAAGGACCUCACCUGGUGUGGCGUGGCGUGGCGGAGUCGGCCGGGUGCGUGGAAAGCGUGCCUCUUUUUGCUGGAAUUUUUCUGCAUGGGUCUGAGGGUCAUGUGCCUAAUUUCUGGCAAGCGAGAAUUUAUGCUGA